GUGCACAGUGGGUGAGAUUGGAUGUAAACAUAGCUUUUGUUUGUUUUUUUAAAUAAGAAAACUCCACACUACACCUUUCACAGACUGUUGAUAUGUGUCUUCAGAAAUUUCUGAGGAGAAUCUUGAGCCUUUUAACUUUUAAGCCAACUGGAACAACAGUUCCUGUGCAGUGCUAUGGAUGAACUGCUGCUGCAUUUGUAUGUCAAGUGAGCAAAAUAUGAAAGGAUGGACUACAUCACCUCAGCACCUCCAGAGAAAACUAGUAAACAGACCUCGACUUGAGAUUGUUUGUCAAACCAUUUUUCAAGGUGAAGUACCCAUAUUUAAGCUUAAGACUUUAAGACUGGUGUAACCUACACGUUCCUGUCAUUCCUAACAUAGUUCUGGUUGCUGGCAUAAGCUAUAUAUAAUGACCACAACUUCCCACAUUGUCUUGACCACAUUAUCCUGCCAGGUUUCGAUUUGGCACUCUGUGGUCAGAGGUUGCAACAUGGCCUUUAUGUGGUGGCACAAAUUGUACGCAUUUCUCUGCCAUAGCCUACAACCCUGUUUGUUUUGUGCCAUAAAAUAUACAUUUAAGUGUUUCAGCCAGAGGGGGGGUCAAGCAGAAUGGCCACAGACUCGAAGUUGGGGAAGAAGGCUAGUUGUUUGUUGCCCCACAGAAAGAAGCACUCCACAUCAGCUUUACAGCCAAAAAAGACCCUAGAGCACAUUGCACCCACAUCACAUAAACAACACAGCUCAGAAACACCAAUCUGAAGUCCAGCAAACAAACUGAACAUCCGGGAAACGCAACCUGAUCUGCAAAAUACGUGGAAUGUCUUAUAUCUUUUCUGCCGCCCUUCAAACCCGGUAAUGAUGGAGGAGUAAAAAGCGCCAUGAUUGGUGGAUGCAGCCAACAGAGGAGAAAUGUAAACCCCUUCGUUUUGUUGCAUCGGGGGGUUGAAAAGUGAACGCUCCCCUCUUGUUUUUCCCCUUCCUUGAACGACAACAGCAGCAGGAGCCAGCCGGGCGGUGCGCUGGGAAGCUUCCUGCGGUACCAGAAGGAUCUCCCUGCAAGUCUGCGAUGCAGUGAAGAGAUAGAAGAUGAAAAUACACAAGAAGGACAAGCAGCAGAUGUUCACUGGUCUCCUGAAGCACACACCUCCCCCGGCCUCUGCUGCAGCAGCCUCCUCCUCUGCCUCGGACCAAAACAACACACAAACAGCAGUUCCUACAAUCCCACGGGGACACCUGGUCGUGGGCCCCAAGGACCAGCUCCGCCUCCUCACCCCUGUGGGCAGCACGGCAGCGUCCAAUCACUGCGCAGCGGCCGGGGCCCACGACGCUAAGCACCUCAGAGGAGCCCCGCGACCUCCUUCCUCCCUGAGUGAGGAGGAUGAUGGAGGAGGUGGAGGCAGGGUGAAGAAGAAACGGAAGAAAAAGGACAAGAGAGAACAGGAUAGAGGAGGAGGGGAGGUGGAGGAAAGGGAUAGCAGUAAACCAAAGAAGCGAAAGGAGGAGAAGGAGCCGUUGGUGGUCAGACUGAGGAAGAGCAAGGAGCCCAAGGAAGGCAAGGAGCGGAAGGAGCACAGGGCCAAGGGGAGGGAGAGCAGGGCAGACCUGAAGAAUGUGGCAGUGGGGAAAACCGCUGUGGCCUCUGGAGCAGCUCAGGUGCCAGUUAAGGUGCCUGGCAAAAGAGGAAGGAAACCGAAGGUCAAAGUCCUACCUCCUCUACCCCCAAAUCAAGCACCUCCCACCCCAGGACUCCACGGUAAAGUCCCAGGGCAUGUCCAAGGGACCCAGGUCAAGAACCAUGGCCAAGCCAACAGCAAAGCCUCAGUGCCCAAACAGAGGGGCCGCAAACCCAGAGACCCUGGUGCCAUGCCUGUGGAGAAGAAGAAGGGGAAGAGGAGAAACCAGGUGCUGGCUGUACAGGAGGGGCUGGAGAGUGACGACACUACCUCAUUGUCAGCCCUCAACAUGGGUGGCGAGGACAGUCAAGACCCCUUGGAUAGCGCGAAGCGGCGUUCAGGACGACAGGUCAAGAGGAGGAAGUACAACGAGGAUUUGGACUUUAAGGUGGUAGAUGAUGAUGGAGAGACUAUUGCAGUUCUUGGAGCCGGUCGCAUCUCAGCGCUGAACGCCACUGCUCUGGCCUGGCAGGCUGAGGAACCACCUGAAGACGAGGCCAACAUCAUUGAGAAAAUUCUCUCUGUCAGAACAGUGAAGAAAGAGACUUCAUCAUCAGAGGACCAAGCAGAGGAGGCAGAGGAGUUCUACGUCAAGUACAGAAAUUUUUCCUACCUACACUGUAAAUGGGCCACUCUGGAAGAGCUAGAGAAGGAUCCCCGUAUCCACCAGAAGAUUAAACGCUUCAGGACUAAACAGGCCCAGACAAAGCACCUGUUCACAGAGCCUGACGAGGACUUGUUCAACCCAGACUACGUAGAGGUGGACAGAGUGCUGGAGGUGGCUGUUACCACCGACACCGAGACUGGAGAGGAGGUGACCCACUACCUUGUGAAGUGGUGCAGUCUCUCGUACGAGGAGGCGACGUGGGAGCUGCAGGAGGACUUGGACCCAGAGAAGAUUAAAGAGUUUGAGGAGAUCCAGAAACUGCCAGCAGACCUUAGACACAUGGAGCGUCCUCUUCCAGAAAAAUGGCAGAAGCUGGAGUGCUCCAGAGAUUACCGGAAUGGAAACCAGCUCAGAGAAUACCAGUUAGAGGGAAUGAACUGGUUACUGUUCAACUGGUACAACAGAAAAAACUGCAUCCUGGCCGAUGAGAUGGGUUUGGGGAAGACCAUCCAGUCCAUCACCUUCCUGUAUGAGAUCUUCAACAUGGGGAUCCGCGGUCCCUUCCUCAUCAUCGCCCCCCUCUCCACCAUCACCAACUGGGAGAGGGAGUUUCGCACGUGGACGCACAUGAACGUCAUCGUGUAUCACGGCUCCCAGAUCAGCCGGCAGAUGAUCCUGCAGUACGAGAUGUUUCACAGAGACCCACAGGGUAACACUAUCCCAGGCGUGCUGAAGUUUCACGGGUUGAUCACCACCUUCGAGAUGAUUAUGGCCGACUGCCCGGAGCUGAAGAAGCUGCACUGGCGUUGUGUGGUGAUCGACGAAGCCCACCGGCUGAAGAACAGGAACUGUAAACUGCUGGAGGGACUCAAACUCAUGAACCUGGAACACAAGGUUCUGCUAACAGGAACCCCUCUGCAGAACUCCGUGGAGGAGUUAUUCAGUCUGCUGAACUUCUUGGAACCGCAGCAGUUUCCCUCAGAACGCAGCUUUCUGGAAGAGUUUGGAGACCUCAAGACAGAUGAACAGGUGAAGAAGCUUCAGGCCAUUUUGAAGCCCAUGAUGUUGAGGAGACUCAAAGACGACGUAGAAAAAAACCUGGCACCAAAAGAAGAGACCAUCAUAGAGGUGGAGCUGACCAACAUUCAGAAGAAAUACUACCGAGCCAUCUUAGAGAAGAACUUCUCCUUUCUGUCCAAAGGAGCGAACCAACACAACAUGCCCAACCUCAUUAACACCAUGAUGGAGCUCCGCAAGUGCUGCAACCACCCCUACCUUAUCACAGGAGCGGAGGAGAAGAUUCUUGAAAGCUUCAAGAAGAGCCACAGUCCGGACGCGCCGGACUUCCAGCUGCAGGCCAUGAUCCAGGCAGCCGGUAAACUGGUGCUGAUCGACAAGCUGCUGCCCAAACUGCUGGCCGGGGGACACAAAGUCCUGGUCUUCUCCCAGAUGGUCCGCUGUCUGGACAUCCUGGAGGACUACCUCAUCCAGAGACGGUACACAUAUGAACGCAUUGAUGGCCGUGUGCGAGGAAACCUGCGACAGGCAGCCAUUGACAGGUUCUGCAAGCCAGACUCGGACCGCUUCGUUUUCCUGCUGUGCACAAGAGCUGGAGGCCUGGGAAUCAAUCUGACAGCUGCUGACACCUGCAUCAUCUUUGACUCAGACUGGAACCCCCAGAACGACCUGCAGGCCCAGGCUCGCUGCCACCGGAUUGGCCAGAGCAAAGCAGUGAAGGUGUACCGACUGAUCACCAGGAACUCGUACGAGAGGGAAAUGUUUGACAAGGCCAGUCUGAAGCUCGGGUUGGACAAAGCCGUCCUCCAAGACAUCAACCGCAAAGGAAACCUUAACGGGGUGCAGCAGCUUUCUAAGUUGGAGGUCGAAGAUUUGUUAAAGAAAGGAGCGUACGGAGCACUGAUGGACGAAGAAGACGAGGGUUCCAAGUUCUGCGAGGAGGACAUCGAUCAGAUACUUCAGAGACGAACCCAGACCAUUACUAUCCAGUCUGAAGGGAAAGGGUCCACGUUCGCCAAGGCCAGUUUCAUCUCGUCCGGUAACAGAACAGACAUUUCUCUGGACGACCCCAACUUCUGGCAGAAAUGGGCCAAAAUUGCAGAAGUGGAGAUUGACUCCAAAUCUGAGAAGGAGUCCUUGGUGAUCGACACACCUCGGGUGAGGAAACAGACCCGUCACUACAACUCCUUUGAGGAUGACGAGCUGAUGGAGUUCUCGGAGCUGGACAGCGACUCGGAGGAGCGGCCGUGUCGAACUCGUCGCCUGGGCGACCGCAGCCGGCGGUACCUCCGCGCUGAGUGUUUCCGGGUUGAAAAGAACCUGCUCAUUUUCGGCUGGGGUCGGUGGAAGGACAUCCUAAACCACGGUCGCUUUAAGUGGCACCUAGCAGAGAGAGACAUGGAGGUGAUCUGUAGGGCUCUGCUUGUUUACUGCUUGAGACACUACAAAGGUGAUGACAAGAUCAAGAGCUUCAUCUGGGAUCUGAUCACACCCACCAAGGAAGGCCAGGACCAGGCGCUGCUCAAUCAUUCUGGUUUGUCAGCUCCGGUUCCUCGGGGUCGGAAGGGGAAGAAGCUGAAGAAUCAGCUGAACAUCCCCGAGGUGAAGAACGCCGACUGGCUGGUCCACUGUAACCCUGAGGUGGUGCUGCAGGACGAGAGCUAUAAGAAACACCUCAAGCAACACUGCAACAAGGUGCUACUGAGGGUGAGGAUGUUGUACUACCUGAAGGUGGAGGUGUUGGGUGAGGCUGCCAACCAGGCUCUCGAGGGGAUACCUGCCAGUAAGCUUGAGGUGUCUCUACCAGACAUCGACUACAUUGAGAUUCCAGCCACGUGGUGGGAUGCAGAAGCUGACAAGUCUCUCCUCAUAGGAGUCCACAAACACGGAUAUGAGCGGUACAACGCCAUGCGUGCUGAUCCAGACCUGUGUUUCCUGGAGAGAGUGGGGAUGCCUGAUGUCACAGCGCUGUCUGCUGAGCAGGGAGGAGGGGAAGGCGCCUCUGACAUGGCUGACAGUGUGUGCAAAACUGAGGAGGCAAAGGACGACACUGAAAGCAAAGCUGAUGGAGGGGAGGAGAGAGACGAGAGCAGCAAGGGAGAGGAAACCUGCUCCAGCACUGAUACCUCCGACAAACCGGACAGUACAGGACCUGACUCCCAGAUGUCAGGUGACUUGUGCGCCCAGGAUGGGGCUUUGGUCACCACGACAACAACAGGAACAGGAACCGGUGUGGCGGCUUUACAUUUGGUCCAGGCCCGACCGCUGUGGCCUGCCGGCCCUGCCUUGACAGCUCGUUUACGUCGCCUGAUCACCGCCUACCAGCGCUUCACACUACGCCGCGAGCCUCUCCUCAGACACGACUUCCUGCUUCCUGACGGCCUCGUUGGCAUGGGCAUCGGAGGAGCCGGAGCUGCUCACAGUCAUCACGCCAGCGGGCCACUGCCAUGGCAGCUGGGGGAAGAGUUGCGGAGGUGUUCUGUGGUUGCCACAGAACCUGACCCCCUAUUUUUGGAGUGGCAGAGAAGGUGGACACGUCGGGAACAAGCAGACUUUUAUCGCACAGUAUCUUCUUUUGGGGUAGUGUACGACCCAGAGAGGAAGACCUUCGACUGGUCCCAGUUCAGAGCACUGGCCCGACUGGAGAGGAAGACGGACGAGAGUUUGGAGCGAUACUUCAACUCCUUUGUCAACAUGUGCAGGACAGCCUGCAAGCUGCCCCCGAGGAAGGAAGAAGGCUUGGUGGAUCCCGCUGUCCUUGUCGAGCCUCUGACAGAAGAGCGAGCUGCCAGGACUUUAUACCGUAUCGAGCUGCUCCGCAAGAUCAGAGAGCAGGUUCUCCGUCACCCGUUACUCUCGACCCGCCUUCAGCUGUGCCGCCCCUCCCUCUACCUCCCGGUCUGGUGGGAGACCGGCAAACACGACCGCGACCUCCUCAUCGGGGCAGCACGCCACGGUUUGAGCCGCACCGACUUCUACAUCCUCAACGACCCCCAGCUCAGCUUCCUGGAGGCUCACAGGAACUACGUCAGGGGACAGCCCUCUCAUCUCCAUCCUCCGAGCCCUCAUCACCCUCAACAUCCCGGCUUGGCUACUCAUCCUGGCAUCUCCUCCUCGUCAUCAUCUCAUGCUCAGCUGCCUCAUCCUCACUGCUGUUUGUACGACACAGGACUUGGUCGCCACUCCCCUCAGCCGCCUGAAUAUCCCCACCAGUCCGUUCACCACCAACAUCAUCACCAGCAGCACACCAUGCCUCCAACAGCUCCUUCACCUUCCUCCUCCUCCUCUCAUCCCCACCUCCACCCUCCACCCUUGGAUGCCCAUGAUUCUGCCUCACCAAGUAUGGGAAUGGUUCCUGGUUCACGGGGAGAUUUCCUUGACUGUCCUCCUUUGGAUGAAACCCUGGAGCUGGGCUCGCUGCAGCAUGACGCCCUGUCUGCAGAUGCUUUACAUGGAGGAAAGGCCUCUAAAGAUGCCCUCAGUGGUUUCCCAUUCAACUCAGCUGCCGGAGGUCAGAGCAUGCUCAACUCGUACGGUGUAGGGGGAACAGACCUGCACUCAAAACUAAGGAGCGACGUGCUUGUUGGUGAGCAGGGCUCGUCGGAGGAGACUGGGCUGAUGGCGCCAUCAGUGGAGCUGGGUCAGCUACAGGCCCCCUGGGACGGUGCGGACCACUCCAGUCCAGCUCACCACAUGUUCAACGAAUCUGAUCCAAUCCUGGGCCCUUCUGCUCUGGAGCCUGGCUUCCUGGAGGAGGAUGAGGAGGAGGCACAGAGGGGAGACACAGGUGGGGAGGAAGGUGGAACUCUGGAGGAGUGUUUAGGCCUCCCACCAACAUCCUCUCCUUCCCACCCCUCAGCUGGAGACUCUGUGGAGCAACUGUCCUCAAGUUAUAUGCUCUUCAAGGACAUUGGUGAAGAACCCAGUGCAGAUCAAACAGACUUGUCAGCGAGCCCCCCUCCACCCUAUGUCCCCCCUCCUCCCCUCUCUCUGCCUGACAUCACUGCCCCACAGCCACAGGAUAGGCUGGGCCACUGUGAUGUCACGGAGAGUUUGACCAAUCCCGUGGAGGAGGGAGAUGACCAGGAAGGAGUUGCCGGUUUUGUGUUUGAUGACAAGGAGGAAGAUGAUGUGGAAGACUUGUCGAGGGGAGCCAUGGAGCAAAGAGAUCGAAGUGAAGCAGACCAAGGUGUAGACCAUGCUUUGGGAGUUUUGAAUCCAGACAUGGAACAGAUCGAUGGGAUAGAGUCAGAGCCGGACCUGGGAGAUCAGGACGAUAGGAUGGAGGUCUCAGACCAACUGUCUCAUAGCCUUCAGGAGAGCUUCGAGGAGGCUCAGCAUACAACAGACUUGCCCCAAGCUGUGCAUCCUUAUCUUGGGAAGCUCGCGCAGUGUCCUGAGUCUAUUGAAGAACCAGGGGACGAGGUGCACGGGUUGAUUCUGUAUCAGACAGUUGAGGAAGACUCUAUGGAAAACUCUAUUGAGCCUGGACCUUUGCUGGGGAACGCGUCUGGAGAAUUUCUGCAAGAGAGGGAAGUUACAGAAAACUCCCGAGUGGAUGGUGCGGUGCACCAUGUGGGCCUUGCAGAUCAAGUGGAUGAGAUCUCAGAAGGGAAUGUGGAUCUAAUGGAUGUUCCACUCGUCCCACGCUGUAAUGAAAUGGCUGAAAAGGCAGUGAAACAGCUGAACACCAAACCCUGUGAGAUGGAGCUGGACCGCAUGUACUCAGAAUGCACACAGCCCUCCUGCCCCCCUACAUCCCUGUCAUCACCUGCAGUAGCAUCACAGUCAGAUGAGAGCAGUGCCAAAGCUGGAGUCAAAACUGAAGUCUCCACUGAUCAGGACAACUAUGUAGGCACAGUUGAAGAUGGUAGGAAUAGAGCCCUGAUGUUCUCCCUCGAUCAGGAUAACAAAGACAGUCUCCUUGAACAAAAUGAAAUGAAAAUUGCCCGUACACCACCUGCACAUGACACAAAGCCAUCUGACCUGAAAUUUUCUCUCUUGUCAGACGGUGGUGGUGAGAAGAAGCCAGAGCAAUUGGAGCUACCAAUCAAGGUAGAGGAGACAAAGACAGAGGCUGCUGAGGAAGCAUUGCCCAUCUACCCAGACAGCUCUGAAGUCAAACAUGCAAAAUUCCUUUCUUACCCUGUGAAGUCAGAAAACUUCAUGACUAAAACGGAGCAGCUGGACUUUUCUGUCAAACAAGAAACACUGGAGAGCAAACCUGAAGAUCUAAGCCUUCCCAUGAAGCCUGAGAGCUUAGACAGUAAACCCGAACUUCUCCAGUUUACAGCCUACGCAGAUGGCAUCAAACCUGAAGCCAAACCAGUAGCUCUCGGGCUGGCUGCUUAUCCAGAUGAAGCCAAGCUUAAGACCGAGACAAAGCAGGAAGGUUUAAGGUUAACUGCUUUCGCCGAAUCUUCUGCCAUCAAGCCUGAAGCCAAGCCAGAGGGUUUGGAGUUCACGACUUACCCCGACAGCUCUGAGAUCAAACUCGAGGCCAAGCCAGAGGGCCUGGAGUUUCCAGUUUUACCUGAGAUCAAAGCUGAGACCAAGCAGGAGCUGCUGGAGGCGGACAGUACAGUUCUGACCCCGAAGCUUGAGCAGGCAGACGGGCUGGUGUGCACCUCUGAGAGCAUGGUGGGGAAAGGCCAUGUGAAGGAGGAGAGGCCUAGUACACCAGUGCCGGUGGAAGGUUACGCCAGCAGCCCCAGGUUUGCUGCUCCUGUUUCUAUGUGUGAGAUUCCCGACAGCCUCCAUGACACCAAGGAACCAACCAUCGCUCAGCUGUUACAGGAGAAAGCACUUUACUCAUUUUCUGAGUGGCCCAAGGACCGAGUGAUCAUCAACCGCCUGGACAGCAUCUGCCACGCCAUCCUGAAGGGAAAGUGGCCUUGGCCAAGUGAGCAGCACGGCUCUGCUGGUUCCCAGGCUGCCAACUCCUGCCUGGCCAGCAGCUUGGCCCAGCAUCACCACCACCGAGCGGGUUUCCUCCCCAACACGGCCUCAAGCUCCGUCGCAGGCCAGGCCACGGGUCAGCAGGGGGACCCCCAUCCCUCCCCCUCUCACAAGACUGUACCCCCGCCCUCCCACCGAACAGGAGCUGUGUUGAUUAAUGGCUGGCAAGAAGCAGCCAUUGAUCUCACCAAGUCAUCAGGAGAAAUAAGCACCACCAGUGGCAUUGGGACAGGUGAGGCUGUACUCGCGCCAGGGAUCAGCAGUCAUAAGCUGCCACCGCCCCCGAUCACAGCACCCUUACCAGGCUCUGUGGGAAUCGACAUGGCUGGGAUACUACAGGCCGGGCUCAUCCAUCCUGUAACAGGGCAAAUAGUUAAUGGGAGCCUGAGGGGAGAUGAUUCACUGAGGAGGAGGAGAGGGAGGAGGAGAAACGUGGAAGCUCUGUACUCUGAGUUCACCAAGAGCCGAGGACUGCACCUCCCCGAGUCACAGGGUCGGGUGGAGGUGAUCAGCCACUCCUCAGUCUCCUCCUCCACCUCCUCGCCGUCCCCUUCACCCUCAGAGCGAGCCGCGGGUCCUCCCACACCGUCCUCCUCUUCUACUCCCACCCCCACACAGACGCCACCCCAGCCAGAGAUCGUAGCCAUUGACCGAGAAGCAGCCAGCAAAGGCAUGAUUGAGUGGCUGAGACAGAACCCGGGCUACAGUAUGGAUCUACCCACGUUUGCCCACUCUGGAGCAGGUCUGUUUCAUGGUUUUGUGGAGCGCCCCAAGCAGAGGAGGCAUCGCUGUAAAGACCCCACAAAGCUGGAUAUCAACACUUUGACAGGGGAGGAGAGGGUUCCUGUGGUGCACCGAGGCACCGGGCGCAGGCUUGGUGGUGCUAUGGCUCCAGCCAUAAAGGAGCUUUCCAGAUGGCUUGAUGCCAACAUGGAGUACUAUGUAGCUCCAGACUGGGCUGAUGUGGUCAAACACUCUGGUUUCCUCCCUGAGGGGAAGUUUUCUCGGAUCCUGACUGAACCAGUCAACAGAGACCCAGGCUCUCGACGCCGUGGACGACGGCCUCGCAGUGAGAUGCCUAAACCCCUCCUGUCCGUCUCUGAUUCCUCCUCAUCUGCCCUCGGCCCCCCCCUCUUCAUGAAUGGCAGUUUAAUCGGUAGCAUGGACUCCAUGGUGGCCAUGCAGAACCUCCGUGGCAGUAUUCCUGGAAUUCCCAUCUCUGGAAUCAUGGCAGCUGGAUUCCCUCAUGGUUUCCCUGCAGCCGUCCAGGCAGGAGGAGCUGGAGCAGCGGCGGAAGACGUCAAAAACGGGCUGAGUAUGCUACCCAUGAUGCUGCACGGCAUCCCGCACCCCCAUGGGGCUGCGAUCCAGCAACAUGCCUUGUUCAGUGUUGGUGCAAUGAUGGCGCACACACCACCGCCGCCGCCUUCUCACCCCAGCUCCUCCUCCUCUGGAUCUGGCUCCUCUUCUUCGCUUUCUGCUGUGAAGGUCAUCACAACAACCGCACCCUCUGCAUCGGAGGCUGCCAGCCCCUCGUCGACAACGCCUGCUGAGAGGGAGAGCACUGCCCCCUCAGCUGCUGUUGGUGAAAAGGAGAGGAGCCGGGAAGAGAAAGGAGCAGCGGAAACCAACAAAAGACCCAGCGGGGUGGAGGCAACAGCCAUCGUUACCUCCACCAGCAGAGCCCAUCUUAGCUCCGCGCAUCUUGGAACCAGCACUGGCAGCCAUCUGACCUUCAACCCCUUCCUGAUUCCGGGAAUGUCCCAUGGCCUGCUGUACCCGCACAUGUUCUUGCCACAUGGUGGCAUCAUGGCGCUACCCGCCAUGCCUCCUGGUGCAGUGGACGGCUCCCCAGAAAGCCCAAAGAGGAGGAGGAAGAGAGCGAGGGAGGAGGGGGAGAGAGAGGAGGAGAGGGAGAAGGUGGUGACAGACGAGGCUGAGGAGAGAGAAAGUACUGUUAAGGACUGUGUUACGUCCCACCCAGUCUUUUCCUCGUCUCCUUCUGCUCCCCCUACCUCAGCUCCAGACCCAGUCCCACCUCCUCCACCUGAAGAGCCCCAGCCUGGGCAGGGAGAUGGACGGGAUGGACCCUCAGAGCCCCAGGAACCAGACUCGCAUAAGCAUCCUGAGGGAGCAGCAACAGAAGAGAAGGAGUUAUGUUUGGAGGAGAGUGGGGUAGAGGCAACACAGGCGGAGGUGCAGGACGCUGAGAAGCAGAGACAGAUGGAAGGAGGGGAAGCGUAGAGGAGCAGACGAACUGCAGAGGACAGAGACAAGCCACCUCCUGCUCCCUCCUCCUGUCUUCUUCGUUGCUCUCUUUCUCGACUGAGCAACAGUGUAAAGUUUGUGCCGUGUCUGUCAGUCAAUGUCUAUGUAAAGACUUUUAUUAUGAUGAUGACUAAUAAUAACAAUAAUGAUUAUAGUCAACUUGGUCAUGUUUAUAUACCAAGAGCCGACUCGCCCUCUCCGCUCCCUCCUUGUAUACAAAAAACUAGUGUAAGAAAUGACCUUCUAUGUAUUCUUUCCCUUCAUUCUGCAUCAAGACUGAGUCGGGGGUGGGGGUGGCAACACUUUUCAAUAGGAACGCACACAUACGCACUGCAGGCAAGAUGUGCUAACCGAGGACAUUGUUGGCAGUAGUACUGACACAGGUAGAAGGUCCGAGUAUUUGCACAGUCAUGAGCGAAUAUUGUGGCACAGCUGUCGUAGGUGGUUUUCUACAGUGCUUCUGAAUUUCAUGCCGAGGUUUGUGAGUUCAGAGAAGCAGAGCAGAGCAGCACUUGUGUAUUUUAUGUUCCAGGCCAGAAACAGAGCCUGUUCACCUGAGUACUGUCUUGUUAUUGUGACAUCUGGCACACUCCACUACCUUUGUGCAGUGUUGAAAAACCUGCAGGCUGUGUUCAGUUGGAUGUGUGUCUUAGUAGGACUCAUGAGUCUGAACCGGAAGUUUGUGACACUAAGACACCUUUUCCCACUUGCUACAUUUGCAAGACACUGGUAAACAUAUGCAAGAGCUACUCUACCAAGAAAACAGACGGCAGCCAAAAGACAUUUUAUACAGUGUAGCCCUUUUAAAAAUCUCUGAAUUGUGUGAAAUUAAAAAAAAAAACCUUUGGUGUAUUGGCAAGAAGCUCAAAAAAGUCACAAGUGGUGGUAACAAAUCCUAGGCAUAAAUAUUGUAGAACUUUGACUACCGGUCGCUAUGCGUUAGAAACUGUCAUGCAUAUUUUAAUUUUGACUCGUUUUAUUGUCAGUGCUAUGCCGUUGCUGCUAUAACUUUCUUUUAGGAGUUCAGAGUUGAUGUCAUUUACACUAGAAGAAGAAUCCAGAAUUCAAGCACAGCUGUUGAGCUUUUCAGAACAAGAGCGCCACCUUUUAUUUGCUUCUGUUGAUAAAAGCAGAGAACAAUCAUGAGAUAAAUUUCUUUUACUGCUUUUUAGAUAUUAACAUGUUAAGAUUUAGUUUUAAACUGAAAGUAACUUUUAGCCACUUUGAGAGAUUGUCCCUUGUGUUUAGGCCCAAUCAGAUGAAAUGACCCACGGGACGUUGACAUGCAGAGCCGAGUGUGGCCACCAGGGGGCGAUAAGCGCAGAGUUGAUUCUAUCCUGUCCUGCAGACACUGGAGUGGAGGGAUGGUAGAAAAGAGAAGAGUUGUAAUGAGGCAAUGGGACAUUUCAACAUCAGUGCAAGAGAUGGCUGCAGUCAUGACCUGUAGCAUCAUCUUUUUGUUUUUAUUUUCUGACCAUCCUGUUCUUGUUUUCUUGUCAGCGUGGGAUUCAGUGUUCAGAGAUGUUACUGGUGUUGUCCACCAUCUGCCCAGUAUAUCUGUAUUUUCCUAAUGAAGAACAGAUAAGAGGAGGAGGAGGGAUACACUGGUGUGAAUCUCUUGGGCCGAGUGCCUCGCUGUUGCUCUUUGUCUCCUUUCUUUUCCUCUAUUAGUUUUAACAGGCGUUUUUAUACUAAGUUUCUAAAAGUAGAUAUCUGUUGCUGUACAUUGCUGUUUUUGUUUAAGGCACCGUUUAUUUCUUUCACCUUUUGUUGUCUCCAUUGGGAAAAAAAAUACUUGACAAAUGCGAGGGGGGUUUUGCAUCGACGGUAGUCCCAGUGUUUCUGUAUCAAACACACUAUACUGUACGUUAAAUAGAUGCAAGUCGCGCUGGUUUUAUUCGGCGUUUCACAACAGGGUCUGUGUUUCGGGGGGACGUGUCACAUGUUUAUGAUGUUGGACUUCACUCUUUGUUUUCAUACAUGAAAACAUUAUUUUUGCACAGUGUCGUUUUUUUUUUUUUUUUUGUAAGUGUUAACCCGUUUCUGUACCGUCUUUACUUUCUUUUAUGUGUGUCUAAGAGUGUGUGAUGACGGGAGAGUGUGGAUGUGUGCAUGCAUGCGCACAUGUUUCGUUGUGGAGCUGUGGUUCGACUGCUGUCCUUACGAGUCACAUCUGUUCUUGGACAAACACACAGUUGUUGCCUUGUCACAAGUUUGUGGCUACAUAUAAUUUAUUAUAUGAUUCUGUUGCUUUGACAAACUUUCACCAAAUAUGACAUUCUUUCUCUUUUACCUUUAUUAUGUAUUAUUCAAAGUAAAAUGCCUUAUUUAGCUAGUGUUUUUGUAUAGAUGUUCUGUUACAUCUCCAUAUAGGGACGUGUUACUGUGUUUAUGUUCAGCCUGUUCUUCUCUUGUAUGUGUACACAGCCUUGGUGAUGUGCAUUAUCCUCGAAAGCCAACAGGAAUGCGAAGGCGCCACUGUCCAGAUCACUAGGUGAAAAGUCAAUCAGUCAUCCCUGAAAGCACAAAUGGAGAGUUAGCUAAAGUGGUUGUUUUCUUGCCAGUGCCUCUAAAAUUACUUUACAUGGUUUCUCUUUUUGUGGGCUUCACUUGUGCACUUUGUUAACAUCUGGUUUCCAUAGUGACAUCAUCACUGGAGCAGUGAUCGACAUUUGUAAAUCUUGGAUUUUAACAUUAGCAGAUGAUGCCGUGUUGUUCGUUAAAGGGAAACUGUCCGUUAUGAGUAUUAGCCACGACAGCAUUCUGCUCACUCCAACAAGAUGUUGAUUGGAGCAAGAGGCCUCCUGCGGCUUUAUAUGACCCUUUUUAUCAAACACUUGUUAAAGUCCAACCAAAACAAAACCACUCAGAGUAGCUCUGCUGUAAAUCCCGGGCACCUGCUGCAGUGGCCCACACAGCGGAGCUACCCUUGGGUGAACGUGUUGUGGUCCAGAAACCAGUCGGAGCAGUAGCGGUCACCUCACGGAGAUCAGCCAUAACAAGCAACCAGUGCCCAGUAGGAUGGGCGAGAGGCUCGGCCAAGCUGAUGGCCAGUAAUGAAUGGAAUCAAUCAGAAACACACUACGGGUUUUAGUCACUGUUGGGACUUUGUAACUAUACAACACAUGGACAGGAAGGCUGUUCACAGCUGCUCUGCUGUUUGGCGCCUCUGCUGCACUAACUGUUGGUUGGACUCAGAGACAAGUGUUUGAUAUCUACGACCUUCUUAUUAGUGUUUGGUUUCUCAUCCCCACAACAAAAGUGAAGAGCCAAAUGUUACUGGAGCAGCACUCUAGACCCCCUUUAAGGACGGCAGCUUACCUUGUUCCCUCCUCUUUCUGCCCGAGGCCUUCGGCUUGGUAUCUGUCACGCCUGUGAUGAUAAUGCACACACAAUAUGUCUUGUGUGUUUGUUGACAUUCCUAAAAAACCAUUAGUCUGUCAGAAGGAGAAACUAGUUGUUAUGCACCACGGCUAAAUUAACUUCUCAAAUCUUUCAAAAGGAAAAGCCCAGCUUUUAACUCCACACCCUAUGCGCGCACGUUGUUUCCUGUUACCAGCUUGUUGUGUGGAUGCAGUAAGUGGCAGCAGCCGGAGGCUCCGUCCCGUCUGUGUCACAACACGCCCCCUUUACCAGUGUUCUCUCUUUUCACUGAAAUCAUUUUGGUUAACUUAAAUGUUUUUCUGAACAGUCACCUCAAAAUGUUGUAUAAGCAUUUGUCUCAACAUGAAUAAUGUAUUUAUUGUACAGAUGUUGUUCUCACAUUGUUGUAUCAUGACUGAAUGAUGCCUGGUUUUGUUAUUCUUGAACGUCUCCUGAAAGACAAAAGCGUUUUGGUUAUGAUGGAGUUCAAUGACCUGCCUUGUUCUGGAGCCCACACCACCUGCUAAUCUGCUUUUUAGAUGUGAUCAGGUGGGAAUGAAUUAUUUCAACACACAGUUAUUACUGGACUGAGAGAACCUUCAGUGUUUUUUGCAGAACCUGAGCUGCAGCAAACAGUUGCUCCAUUUAGAAACCUGGAUUUAUGUUUGUUUUUUUUUAGUGUAUUUUGACUGAAAACCUGCCGUCUCUGCAGCAGACAUGACAGUUAGUCUGCGCUGCUUCAGAAACUGCAGACUUGAAUGAGAACUCACAAUCACUGCUCUAAGUUUUCACCUUUUGUUUUUUGUUUGGUUGGGAAACAACAAACAAAAGCAAUCAGACAUAUGGUAUCAGAUGAUCAGUCAUACAUAUCCAGUUUCAGAAUUGGCAUCAACAGCAUCCACGUUUGCUGAUUAAUGAUGCUGGACUUCAUUCCUGUUUUUAUAUGUAUGUUUUUUUUUUUCCCUCCUGCACAGAAUUAGUUUUGGUCACAGAUGAAGCCUGAGAAGUGUUUCUUACCAUCCUGUCACUAGUUGUCCUGAUUGGUUCACGCUGGGGGGUAACCAAACCUUCACAUGCUUGUUUGAUUUGCACGUGGUUCUGACCGCCGACGUCACCACCACCACACUGUGCUUGGUGACGUGAGGUCCCCCUGCUGGGUUUCGUGUGUGGCCUUCAUUCAGAGCAGCCACUGUUAAAUCCUCCCUGCUGAAGUGUGCUUAAGCAAGACACUGAUCGCCUGUCGGUUGUUUGACCUUUGACCUCCCCGUAGGGGGAGGCCAGCUUUGGUUUGUGGUGGGAUAAAGAAAAGGGCGAUAGAACCAGGUCACGUGACUCUUUAACAUGCAAACACAUGCCCGAGGUUGAGCUUCAAACAGGACAAACAGAUGUGUCACAUGGAUGUUUCAAAUUUGAUGUUUUAUAAAAAUAAAUACAUUUGAAAAUCUGUUUUGCCUUGUAAAGAAAAUCUUAGAAGAAUGAGAAAAUCCUCGUGUCAGUGCGUUUCCAUCUUAAUGCAUGACAGGCUGGUUUCACAGACACUGAAUCGCUGUCUCGGCGGACCUGGCAGAUUUGUGGUAAGAGUUACAACUUCUGGGUAUUUUCCUUUCUCGUUCUGAUGUGUAGUUUAAGAAUUCACUGCCACUGUUCAUAUGAUUUCAGCGUACAGUAACAAAAACCUCCUGUUUCUGCAAAAUACGAGCCUGUCAGAGGUGGAGUAAAUAUACAGGAAUUAUCUCUGACUGAAUCAAGCCACACGUCUGAUCAGACAUUUCUCUUGAGUUACCUCUUUCUGCAUUGUUCCCAUUUGUCUUUUCAAGAGACAUCAGCGGUUGGAGCACAGCUCCACAGCCGUGCAACGUAGAAACAGAGCCACUGAAAAAGAGCUGGAAACUAAAGAUUUGCAUUGGACAACAGCAGGUAUGGACAGUUGAUCAGUGAGGAGAGUUAAGGACGUCAUCGCCGCCUCUGAAUCAAGUCUGUGAAACCACCCACCUCUGUGUAACGACAGUGGGGCGGGUUGAAUGACAUCUGACUGGCCCCGUUGAACCCAGUGCAGUGUAGGUCACAAGGACGUUCCCAUAAAAACUGCAGAAAAGACAGAAUCUGGUCGUCAGGCAAAAGAAGCUGUGGUGGGGAUAUAUUAUUUUUCUUUCCUUUUUCUGAUUUGUAAUUUUAGCUCUCUGUAUCCCCAUGUGGACCAAUCUCAUGAGUCAAAACAUGGUAUGUGUGAUCUUUUAUU